UUAUCUUAGAUAGAUUUCCUCGGGUCGCUAUUUUAAAACUUAUUUGCUUGAAUUGGAAAGAAAAAAGAAAAAAUAUUUCAUAUGGACAGAUAGAAUGGCCUUAGCUAAUGUUCUACACGAAGAAUUGGGUGUACAUCCUUUAACCUUGAAAGAUCUUCGUAGAGCUUGCCCUCAGCAUAAUGAUGAUUGUCAGUGCGAGGAAUCGGAAGAUCUUGCAUAUGCAAUGAAGAAAAUUUUACAACGCGGAACUUUUCAUGAAAGUGGAUGGCUAUUAGUUGACCUACCAAGAACGAAGAGAGAGGCACAAAUAUUCCAGCGUACCGGAAUAAUACCGACGCAUGUGAUACAACUUAUAGUUUCAGAUGACAAUGAAAACUGGGGAAAUAUUUGCACAGAUGCAUUCGCUUGCCGUGAAACAUGCAAUCCUACAGACACAGAGAAAAAUAUAAAAAAUCGUCGUUACUUGAAAAAUUGUCGGGGCUUAUUGGAAGCGUACAGGCAUUGUUUAAUAGCAGUUGAGGUAGGUAUCAGGUCCAUCGACGAACUUGGGAAAGAUUGUGCAAAACUGGCAAAAACAAGGAAACAUUGUGGAGCACCGUCGCUUUUUCGCAUUGCGCUUAUUGGAUUCAGGGGAUCUGGUUGCACUACAUUAGCAAAAUAUUUGGCCGAACGAUUCAAUCUUGUUCAUAUUGAUUACGAUUAUAUCGCAGAACAGGCGCGCUUACAACAGAAUCCUUUGGGAGAAAUGCUUCGAUUGUUCGAGUACAAAUGGGGAGAAAGACCCAAGCCUGAAAUUAGGAUUCAAAUCGUCGAAAAACACAUAUCCGGGUAUGAGUGUUUGAAAAGGGGUUGGGUUUUAACUGGAUAUCCAAAAACUGUAGAAGAUUUUAAACUAUUAGAUUUGAAUCCUACGCCUCCAAAUAGAGUAAUAUUUGUGGAAGCGAGUGGUGAUAUUUGCAGAGAAAGGCUGCUUAAUCGUAGAUACAAUAUUGUCACUGGAAGCAAGCACAUUUUGUCGACAGCGAAUUACGCCGUUAACGAUGAUUGCAAAUUAGGUGUACAUCCCAGAGAUUUCAGACUAAUCGUAGAACGAGAUCUUCAAGAGUACGAAGAGAAUGUGAUCGGCAUGAUGCAGUAUGCAGGUGAAUCCGCGAUAAAAAUCGAUGGAAACGAGGAAGAAAGGAUCGUCCGAGAAAAGGUAGAAGCAAGUAUAAUGCGUCCAGUUCCACCCUGGUAUUCGAGGGUGCCAAGACCAUCGCCUGUGAUCGAUCCCAUGAGCAACGAAUUUGACCCGGAUGACGAGCCCGACUCCAGCGUGUUUGAUAAUAUACGUGCCCCCGAGCCGACGUAUACUUUUAUCUAACUUAUAGCUGUCGACCCUACCUCACCUUCCGUAAGGGUAGAAAACGGGAUACUUCUAGUGCAUCCUGUUAUCCUAGUACGCAGAGCAUCUUAUUUCCACAACAUCACACCAUUUGUAUGAUGCCAUGUAUGGAUUUCUUAAUACGUAUAACUACUUUUAUUACUUUCGUUGUUUAAAUUACGAUGGAAAGAAUUAUCGGUAUAAGUAAAUUUCGAUAGAAAAUUUGAGAAAUACAGCUACUUGCUUGCAUUUCCUUGCAAUAAUCUUUAUGCUAAUAAACUUUAGCGACAUCCUUCAAUAUUAUUAUUUGCUCUGCGAGUAGUAGGAUCAACGAUUACGUAGACUGUAGACGAUACGUCAACCUGUUUGCUUGGGAAUCGCAUCGCGGAUAGUAUAUCGAUGUGGAAGUGAACAGUGUUUCGUCAAGAAAAGAAUACAGUAUAUAGUUGAAUUAAGGAUAUCACGCGCCUACAUUAACAAGGAUAAUUGCCUCAAACGCGAAGCAUAUUUCCGGAUCAAGGGUGUAUAGAGUGGGAUAGGUCGCAACACGAUUGCAGAAUGUACGCAGGACUUGCUACGAACGAUGAAAUCCUGCUUACUUUGCCCAGCAGUUACUAAGACCUUUGCCAUUUUCAGGAGAAAUUUGCCAAAUUGCGUACUUGAUGUCUUUAUCUUGAUAUCGGGAGAAUGUGACGCAUGUGUUCUACAUAU